AUGUCAUCAAUAAAAGAAGGUUAUGCUUUUUUUACAUUAUAUUUAUCACAAAUAUUAUGGACAUUAUAUUUAAUAUGGGCUUUUGUAUUUGAUGAUAUUUUAAAUUUACUCUAUUUUCCAUUUCCAUCAAAGUAUUGGGCAGCUAUUAUUCCAACAGCUAUUCUUUUUUCUAUUCUUUGUUUUUUUUUAUUUAUAGCUAUAUUUUCUUUAAUUAAAACAGAACCUAUAAAUUCAAUAAAUUUAAUUAAAGAUGAGCAUUCUGUUUUUGAGGAUAAACUUACAGAAAAUUCAAUGAAUUAUAUGAACGAUAUAAAAAUUGAGCAAAUAAAUAAAUUACUAUAUGAAACUUCUUUAUAUUUUGAAUAA